AUGUCUGAAAAUCAAGUGCCAGAAAUUCAGUUGAAGGAUGGUGAAGAAAAAGAGAUACAAGAUCAUAUGGAUCAUAACGAUCAUGGAGAACAAACUCUGCCUGUACUCAACGGAGGAAAUAUAAAAUAUUUGGAUAUGGUAGAAUUUGAUAAUCGAUUCAAUGAUGAUAUAUUCCGAUUGGUUUUGUCUUUUCUUGCUAUUCGUGAUUUGGGAAGAUUGGAAAGAGUGAGUAAACAUCUAAGAUUGAGCCAAUUGUGUGGCGAAGAUUCAGAAAUAUGGAGGAAAGCUUAUGAAAAAAAAGUUACUGAAUUACAUGAAAUUUUGAAAAAAUCUGGGGCUAUUUAUGAAAAUCCAAUUCUGCCCUUUUUGGGUAAGAUAUCAGAUUUUAAAUCAAGUAUUUGUGGUGCAUUGAAAGUGUUUGAUACCCUAGUAGAGAAAAAGUCUUCAGUGAGAAUGGAAGAUAUAGAAAGAUCGAUCAAGAACUAUCCCACUACUGGUAUUAAGAACAUUUUUGUGCCAAAGGAUGAGCUCUUAAAAUUCGAUGUAUCCUCAGCUGUAUAUAAAAAGAAAGAGGAAGGUAUUAAAUUGCUUGCAUUAGGGGAUGGAGCUGUUGGAAAAACUUGUUUGAUGCUAAGGUUACUCACUGGAGAGUAUCCAACCGAGUACGUUCCUACUGUGGUGGACAAUUAUAUGAAUAAUUAUCAACUCGACAAUAAUGUCUAUAGAGUAUGUUACUGGGAUACAGCAAGUUCAGAUGAUUAUCCUAGGCUGAGAGUUUUGGCAUAUCCUCAAACAGAUGUCUUUAUGGCAAUGUUUAGUUGUGUUCAAGAGUAUUCUUUCAAAAAUUUAUUCGAUGUUUGGAUACCAGAAGUGAGACACCAUGUUCCUGAUGCUGCCACUGUUCUCGUUGCUACAAAGAUAGAUUUGAGAAGUGAUAUUGAUGUUCAGGCAAAACUGAUUGAAAGAUAUUGUACCAGACCGUUCUCUUACAAAGAUGGCGAAAAGGCAGCACAACUUUCCAAUUGUUUCACCUAUUUUGAGACAAGCUCACUGAUGAAUAUUGGUAUCAAAGAUUUUACAGAAAUAGCCUUAAAGGCACACUUUAAAAAUUUGAGUUUGAGAGAAACUAAAGAAAAAAGGAAAUGCAUCUUACAAUAA